AUGCCACACAAUGAGUUCAUCCUCAGCCAGCUGGUCUUCGCCAACCUGAUGGUGACGCUGUGCCGGGGCAUUCCUCAGGCUCUGACUGCACUGGGCAUCAACCCACUGUUCAGCCACCCUGCAUGCAAAACAGUAAUCCUCGCCUACCGCGUUGGCCGUGCCAUGUCUAUCACUAUCACCUCCCUACUGAGCUCCUACCAGUGCGUGGUCAUUGCCCCUUCGACACCAGGCUGGAUCAGGCUGAAACGCUGGGUGCCUGGCCACCUCCCCCAUGCCAUCAUCUUUCUCUACGGGCUUAACAUUAUGGUUGUCUACCCUGCUGCCAUCAUCUUCACUGAAGCAUUUCCCGCCAACAGUACCAUUCCAGAGUUCACCCUUAACCUGGAGUUCUGCAUUGUGGUGUUCCCAGGUCUCAUGGCUUACGUGAUCAGUGGUGUGAUAUACAUCAUACGAGACUUUGCCUUUGUCGGACUGAUGGCGGCAGCAGCAGUGUAUGUGAUGCUUGUCCUGCAUCGGCACCGUCAGCAGGUUCAGGGCCUGCAGGGGGCCGGCCGGAAGACGGAGGAGGCUUCCCAAGCUGUCUUGCUGCUCGUGAGCACGUACGUGGCUCUGUUCAGCUUGGACAAUGUACUGUGGAUCUAUACACUGUUUGUCUCCCGUGUGCACCCAGCCGUGUCUGACACACGUGUCUUCUUCGCCUCCUGCUACUCCGCCAUCAGUCCUGUGCUCAUCAUCGCCACCAACAAGAAGCUGUCCGCUUACUUUCACUGCAGCUUCAAAGGAAAGGCAGCAGAAAAUAUCCCCAGUAGUACAGACUCCAACACCUCUCGGGUGACAUCAACACAAUAA